AUGGACAACCAAAGCCAUGUGACUGAGUUCAUCCUCUUGGGAUUUUCACAUAAUACAGAUACUCAGAAAAUGCUAUUUGUGAUAUUUCUGUUUUUCUACCUCACAACUCUGGGGGUCAAUGUAUUUAUUGUUAUGACCAUCAUCUGUAGUCCCUCUCUUUUGGGCUCACCCAUGUACUUCUUCCUAGCCUUUCUUUCCUUCCUGGAUGCCUGCUUCUCUUCUGUCAUUUCUCCUAAAGUUAUAGUGGAUUCCCUCUAUGAGACAAAAACGAUCUCAUUCGGAGGGUGUAUGACUCAGCUUUUUGCAGAGCAUUUCCUGGCAGGUGUUGAGGUGAUCAUCCUCUCGGCCAUGGCCUAUGACCGCUAUGUAGCCAUCUGCAAGCCUUUGCACUAUGUUACCAUCAUGAACCGACGCCUGUGUUUUCUCCUGGUGGGGGUGGCCUGGGUAGGAGGUUUUCUUCACUCCACUAUCCAAAUGGUCUUCAUUUUCCCAUUACCCUUUUGUGGCCCCAAUGUGAUCGAUCACUUUUUCUGUGACUUAUAUCCUUUGCUGAAACUUGCCUGUACUGACACUCAUGCCCUUGGACUUAUGGUUGUGGCCAACAGUGGAUUGAUCUGUAUUAUAAAUUUUUCUCUUUUGCUUGUUUCUUAUGGAGUCAUCCUGCACUCUCUGAGGACAUACAGCACAGACGCACGACGCAAGGCCCUCUCCACCUGCGGCUCCCAUAUCACAGUUGUUGUCAUGUUCUUUGUCCCAUGCAUAUUUGUUUAUGUACGGCCUCCUUCUACAUUUUCUUUUGACAAAACUGUAGCAAUAUUUUAUACCAUAAUGACUCCCAUGUUAAACCCUUUGAUUUACACUUUUAGAAACACUGAAAUGAAGAAUGCUAUGAGGAAGUUUUGGAGUAGAACAACAAUUUCUGUUGAAAAAUAA